AUGACGACUGCGAUCCCCCAGACCCCGAGGUCUAUCAGCGGGCCACCGACCACGGCCCUUCCGGCACUGCCUGUAGGCAAGACGAGGAAACCUUCAGGCUUGCAAGGACCAUCAACGCCGGCGAGAUCGCUGACGGGCACACCAAGGACGGGCCUGCGAGCCCCAUCAUCCACAUUAUUUCCCCCACCGACCUCACCAGCUCCUUCGACCGCCUUACCGCAACCACGAGCAGUAGCAACAAUCGCAAAUAGUUCUUCCAAGGCGCUGCGGAAAUCAGUUAGCAUCAGCGCCUUCCCUCAACCCCCUCGUGGAGACACCAGGAACUCGAGCGUACCACCAAGCCCUCUGUCUGGCUCGCGGAAAUCCAAGGUGCCCAGCUCGACAAGCCUCCACACGAGUGGGACGCCAAGCCUGCUGAAUGGCUCUGGCGACGGCAAGUCUGUGGGAAGAGGAAGCAUACGGUUCUCUGACGGCCUGAUUAGUGUAUCUUCCCUUCCGCAGAGCCGCAGCUCUUCGGCACAGGAUUCUUACUCUACCUCGGCAACCACAUACGACGACAAUGACGGUCCCAAGGCGAGCACAGAUGUCUCUAGCAAGCGCCAGUCCAAGUCGGACACCAAGGGCAACGUUCUUGUGAGCGUGAGGGUGAGGCCAGAUGCGGGAGGCCAAGACCAUCGGUCGGAUGGUGAAUGGUUGGUUGACGGACGCAAAUCGUCCAUCACCUACGGAGGCAAGGACGGGGCUGGUGACUAUCAUUACGACAACGUAUUCACGACACACGACGACAACUCCAGGGUAUACGAUCAUAUCGCGAAGCGGCUCGUCCGUCGUGUCAUGGAGGGUUAUCACGGAACUGUUUUUGCAUAUGGUAUGACGGGCACCGGCAAGACGUUCUCGAUGCAAGGAACUGCGUCAUCACCUGGUGUGAUACCCCUGGCCAUCACCGAUAUCUUCUCGUACAUUCGCGAAACUCCUUCCCGAGAGUUCCUGCUCAGGGUCAGCUACCUGGAGAUCUACAACGAGAAGAUUCAUGACUUGCUCAGCAUGCCGACCAACGGUGGUGUUGGCGGGGCUGUAACGCAGGAGGAGAUUAAACUACGCGAGGAUAGCAAGCGGGGUGUCUAUGCGAGCCCCCUCAAGGAGGAGAUCGUGCAGAGCCCCACACAGCUCCUGCGCGUCAUCGCCCGAGGUGACCAGGCGCGCAGGACUGCGAGCACUCAGUUCAACUCGCGGAGUUCCCGAAGCCACGCGGUCGUGCAGAUUGUCGUCGAGAGCAGAGAACGCAUACAGGGCGUCAAUGCAUCGGGUGUGGAUUCCAAGCGAUCAGCCAUCCUCCCUGGGGGCGUACGUGUCUCGACCCUGAGCCUGAUCGACCUGGCAGGUUCAGAAAAGGCUGCCGAGAGCAAGGAGCGGCGGACGGAGGGUUCUCAUAUCAACAAGAGUCUUUUGACUCUCGGUACGGUCAUCUCGAAAUUGUCCGAAUACAAGGACAAGGACGGCAAGGGCGGUGGUGAUAAGGAUGGCAAGCACUUGCCCUACCGAGACAGCAAGCUCACGAGACUGCUGCAGGGCGCCCUCUCCGGCAACUCCCUCGUCAGCAUCCUCUGCACGAUCCAGGUCGCCUCUGGGGCUGCAGCCUCCAACACCCAGACCUCUGAGACCAUCAACACCCUGAAGUUUGCAUCCCGGGCCAAGAACAGCAUCGUCAGCAACGCGAAGCGCGCGGAAGAGGCCCUGGGUGCUGGUGGUGAGGGCGGCGCGAGGGUGCUCCUGGAGCGAUACCGCAUGGAGAUUGCAGAGCUCAAGGCGCAGCUCGACUCGCAGUCCAAGAAGCCCCCUACCAACGAGAACGACGCGGAGAAGAUGCGCGAUGCCGCGGAGGAGCUCGCUCGUGAGAAGGAGGCAGAAGCGCGACACGAGGAGCAAAUGUUGGAGAUGCAGCUUGCCCGGACGGCACUCAAGGAGCGCAUAGACCACCUGAACAAGCUAAUUCUCAGCUCGAGGUCGAUCGGGGUGAAUGCCAGCGGGACGUGGAGCUCGCUGAGCAACCACCCACGCUUCUCGCAGGUCUCGAUACGGUCCUCCAUGACAGCGUCCCAGGUGAGCAGGCCCAUGUUGGAGAGAACAGCAUCCCUCGCCUCGUCAGCAUCCACAAUCGGUCGGCGGCCUAGUACAGACCACCGCACAUCGAGUGGCGAGAGGUCUGUGGGGGAUGAGUCCGACAGCCUGGGCGAGAACGGCGAUGGGACGGCACCGCUAGAGAGACAGAAUCGCGCGCUUCGGGCGGACCUUGCGGACAAGAACCGGUACAUCGCCACGCUCGAGAAGCGACUGCUGCAGGCGCGGCGGACGAGCUCGUCGAGGACAUCGAUCGGGCUGUCCUCUGGCAGCAAGGGUAUUAUGGUGGGCGAAGAUCACAGCGUCGCGGCCGUCAUGAAGGAGAAGGAUGCCGAGAUCGCCGAGCUCCGCGCACAGCUGGAGGACAAAGACAGGAUGCUGGUUGCGCUCCGCAGCGCCGCGAGGAUUCGGGAUAACGCCGACUCCCGCGCGUCUCCGCGUCUGGACGGCCCCGGUCCCUCGGUCCCACCAUCGCCGGCGAGCCCCCCACGUGCCAUGUUCCCGAGCAUCAUUCGACCAUCCCCCAAGAAGCUCCGCAAGAGUGAUGACGAGGUAUCGCGCAUGCUGGACGAGAUGAUCCAGGACCGUGUCGAUCAGGGCCAGAUCACAAAGAGCGUGCGAGGCAGCGUGCGUAUCCCAGCAUCCCUCGGCGGCCAAGAGAAGCCAGCGGUCGACAUCGAGCCGCUGCGACAGAGCAGCGAGAGCAGCCGACGGCCGGUCGUGUUAGAGGUUUAG